AUGCUACAAAGGACUUCUGCAGGCUGUGCAAGUUACGAGGCCGCCGGCUGUGCUAGCCACUGGAAGUGUGGGGGGUGCAAAAAAACGGUGGUCCUGAGUAAAGAGGGGCUGUGGGGAGUGGGAGCGGCGCUGUGGCUUCGCAGCAAGUGCGUGCCCACUCCAUGGGGGAACUCCGCUGGAGUCGCCCGCACGAGUCGCCAUCGUGUACAGGCGCAGGCGCCGCCAGUGCCUACCUUAUGUGUUGAGUGUCACUUCUCUUCUUUUUUACCUUUUCCCGUCUAUUCCCGCCUCUCGUCGCCAAGGCAUCUGCUUCCGCUACUGCUGCUACUCACAACAGACAAGCACAGUCGCUUUCCUCGAGCCAUGCGCCGCCCACCCCACGCCGCAGGAGAGGGCAAGGAGUUGGCAAAUGAAGUCUGCUAG